UGGGAGUUUGGACACCGCUACCGCGUAAGUAAGUUGACCGUUCUUGUUUCGUGAUGUUCGCGUGAAAUAACGUUCAUUUCCACCAACCUUCCUGCACUUUUUCUUUGUAUAAAUUCUCUUGCCCGCACUGUUUCGUUUCCUCACCCAAAAAACAACCUUUUUCUCUGACAGCUUAUGUCUCAGAGGCUCAACGUUCCUCACUCUUCCUCCAUAGCCUUCUCCCUCCAUUCCCAUCUGGUUUCAAGUGAGAUGAACCCCAGCUCCAACUGGUGUUUUAAUUUUCAUUAAUUGAAAGCUUUUUACUUCCAGUUCCCACCUGAUUAAUUCUCUGGAUAUUCUAAACCCAUUGUUUCAUUCUUUCAAAUCAUAGCAAAGUUCUUUCUGUUUGUUUCCCGAGGGAGAGACCAAAAAGAAAGGUUUAGCUGAUUUCAAGAUGGGUCUGACAGGUUUUGUUGAAGGAGGCAUAGCUUCAAUUGUUGCAGGCUGUGCCACCCACCCUAUGGACCUAAUCAAGGUCCGAAUGCAGCUCCAGGGCGAAACCAGCGCCCCAAAAUCGACUCCGUACCCAGCCGUUCAAACUCUCCGCCCUGCUCUAGCCUUCCGCAACACUACACUCACAGCUCCGGAAUCGAUUCGCGUGCCUGUUCCGACACCGCAAGUGGCGCGUGCGGGCCCAAUCGCCGUCGGUGUCCGUAUCCUCCAACAGGAAGGUGUCGGUGCUUUGUUCUCGGGCGUCUCCGCCACCAUCCUCCGCCAGACUCUCUACUCGACGACCCGAAUGGGCCUCUACGACAUCCUGAAAAAGAAGUGGACCGAUCCAAACUCCGGCACCUUGCCGCUCGCGAGCAAGAUAUCCGCAGGCCUCAUAGCUGGUGCAAUCGGCGCGGCGGUGGGCAACCCGGCCGACGUGGCCAUGGUCCGCAUGCAAGCCGAUGGGCGGCUCCCCUUGGCUCAGCGCCGCAACUACACGAGCGUGGUUGACGCCAUAAACCGCAUGGCACGCCAAGAAGGGAUUGCCAGCCUGUGGCGCGGUUCGUCCAUGACGAUAAACCGCGCCAUGUUGGUCACAGCCUCACAACUCGCCUCGUACGACCAGAUCAAGGAGAUGAUACUGGAAAAGGGGGUGAUGAAGGACGGGCUGGGAACCCACGUAACAGCGAGCUUCUCAGCGGGAUUCGUGGCGGCAGUGGCGUCGAACCCGGUGGACGUGAUAAAGACGAGGGUGAUGAACAUGAAGGUGGAGGCAGGGGCGGAAGCUCCGUACUCGGGCGCUCUGGACUGCGCGUUGAAGACAGUGCGCGCGGAGGGGCCAUUGGCACUGUACAAGGGGUUUGUGCCGACCAUUUCAAGACAGGGACCUUUCACUGUUGUGCUGUUUGUGACGCUCGAGCAGGUUCGCAAGCUGCUCAAGGAUUUCUGAUGACCACGAAGAUAUUUAGGAUUAAAGUUGAAUUCCAUGUUUUUCUC